AUGGUUGUCAUCAAUGUGUCAUCCUCGAGAAAGGCAUCCGAGCCCAAGCUUUUGAGGCUGCUGGCACUGCAUGGGCAUGGAGACAAACAUCGCCAGUUCUGUCAACACUUGGAGAACUUCUUACAAGAAGUGCUGGCCAACGAUGACCCUGCGAACUUGGAAGUUGAGUGCCGGUGCAUUGCUGCACCAUAUCCAGACCUCACGCGUGCAGACAGGCACAUGUGGUGGAGGUAUGAUGAGGAAGGCAAAGGAGAUCGACCCCUGGACUGGGCGGAGAUGGAGAUGUCCCUGACGAAGAUCGCAGAAGAGCUCCAGGGUGCGAGCCCACCGUACGAUGGUGUGGUGGGGUUCUCACAAGGGGCCGAGAUGGUGCAUUCGAUCGCGCUGCUGCAUCAUCGUGGAGAUCCUCGAUUUCUCGGGGCCUUUAUGCCACGCUUCGUGGUGAGUUUCAGUGGGGCCGUGAACCCGGGUCACUUCGAGUCGGUCGGCGGGUGGGGCCUACCUCGCAAUGUCCCGGCGCCAUACCUCGGUCCUCGGGGCACCCUAACACUGCCAUGCCUUUUUAUAGGGGACUACAGCACGGACGGAUGGUACUCCGCUUCGCGCUUUGACACUACCACUCUCCUUUACAUGCAACCCCUCGUGCUGCAACACAAUCAGCGUCACCGCUUGCCAAAGUUUUCUGACACGAGCUCUCCGCAAGUGGUGCGGCGGAGCAGCUUUGGACAGCUUUCACUGGGAAGCCACUGCUACUGUGAACCCAGCGCUUGCGAGAUGCGCAGGAAGUUCAAAGACCUCUGCCUCACUGAUGGGCAGUGCGUGCGCUGUGCUGCAGCAGGUGGCGCAACCUGUGAUGAUGAAUCGCUGCGCUCAACCCUGGAGGGCUGCAUCACCCAGCAUCCGACUCAAGCUUCGGAAUCCUGGUUCAAUUCCGUGCCAGACUGGACAAGACAGGCUGAGAGCGUGACCAUUGGCGAUCCUUUGGAUUCGCAGUGCUUGGAGGUCGAAUCAUUCUCACUGAACAGGAAUCUUGUUGAGCACGGGCUGCCCCUCAUGCUGCGAGUUGGCGAGAUCGGUAACCGAUUCUCCGAGUACUUCGUUUGUGUGCACAAGGGCGGCGAGAACUUCAGCUUGCUGGACAGGAGGAUAAGCCGAGAGAAGCACAACUUCCACUAUGCUUGGGAGGACGUCUCCAUCUAUCACUACGUCCAGCCCCUGCUGCCUCAGGUGGACGAAAGCAGUCCGGAAGUUGCCUCAGAGCGCCCAGCACAGGCACUGAAGUCGUACUACACAGAUGAGGUGGUGCGGUGCACUUUCAACGACAAGUGCAAUCCGCGACAGAUUGACCUCAUGUUCAAGACGAAGCAGGCAUUGCAGUGCUGGGUCAACCUUCUGCAGUCCAAGCUCCUCGUGAAGAUGUCCCAGGUUGUUCAUCCAUCAUUGUCACCGUGCGGCGAGGAGAUCACGCUGCCAACUUUGUCCCCGAGCUCCUUACCUUUGCCGCAGGUGCCUUGUGCGCACCUCAACCUGGACAGCCCAAAGGCCGAGGCCGCUUGCAAGUCUGAGGCAAGGCACAUCAGUCGAGCCGUGGUGACCUGCGGUUGCCAGACUGUUUGGGUGCCUUCACCCCCUGCGACCACUACGGCCUCUCCGCAGAACGGCUCGGAGGUUCGUGUCAACAGCACGUUCAGUGUGAAGCUUGAGCGCGCUGUUGUUUUCCUUAAUUGCUUCAGACGUUGCAUGCUGUCAGUUCUCUAUCUAAAAGGGGCCGCUUUUUUGACAGGAACCCAAAAACGGAUCUUUCGAGGACUGAACAUGCAGAGACCAAGAGCUCUUGAGCUCUUCAUGCCAAGGCCUCCUUUCAGGUCCCCUCCGGACUAG